AUGCCGUCCUUCCCUCAGCAGUAUGACUACGUUGACUCGGGCAGAUUCCACUACGGCUACGACCGUGAAGAAUACCCUCACUACGAACAACAACACGACAACGGCGGCGUCAUGUCACCUUGCGUUCAACCUCACUCGCGCACCAUCUCGCGUCCUCGUGUUGGUAUGGCUUGCGAGCACUGUCGUAAAAGCCGACUCGCUCACGUCACAUGUGUCUACGUCAAGGUGACCCCCGAGCAAAACGCGUCAGGCACCUACCGCAGCGGUGCUGGCUUUUCAUCGAGCGUCAUCGAUGACAUCAACACUCAGCGUGCCAGUGGAAUUCCCAACGCUCCAGCUCUGCCUCAGACUGGCACUGUCCUUCAGUCCAACCAACCCCAGCAGCCAUCGAGCGGCUACUUCUACGAUGGUCGAUACCAGGCAGCUCCCGGCACCAGCACGGGGGCGAAUGCGAUAUUCAACGUUGGUGCAGGCAUCAAGGGUUCUUCUCGUCGUCCGUCGGUGAUGGCUCCUUAUGCAAGGAAGCAGAGUUUUGAAGCAGCUUCGGUGAUCACUACUGCUGGUGGUUACUACCGCUACGACCCGAUCCCCAACGACGCAAACACUCUACCAGUUGCAGGUGGACUCAACAUCCUCACCCCUCAUCUGAACACGAACACCACUUCGUACUACACCAACUCGACGUUUCGUACCCCUAUCACCGAACCUCAACCUGAAAGGUCCAUGUCAGCAUUCACUCCACAACCUUGCCUCGUCGAAUACCAGACUUCAUCUCCGAUUCACACUCCCACUGCCACUCCCACCCGCCCACAAUCUGCCCUCCUCGCUCACCAUCAGCAGCAAUGCCUUAGUUGUUCACCCACAACCACCGCGACUUCCCCCUCCUAUUUGACCAACCUCCCUUCGUUGGAGAGAGCUCCGUCCAGAACGGAUUCUUGUUCGGUUGCUUCGCCCGAGACUUCUCCCCACCAUGCUGAGGAUUCCGCCACCGUUUGGGGUGGCGAGCAAAAAAAGCAGUACUGGGGUGGUUCGCAGCAGAAUUGGGAUUCGCAGGCAGCCGCUGCUGGAGAGGAAGUCGCUAGCUGGGCAAGUCAAGUGAACCCUGGUGGAAACGGUAAAGCUUGGGAUCCAGUUGUGUCGCAUUACCUGCAACAGCCUAGUCAUAGCCCAAUCUAG